UCACGACAUUUCUUUUCUGAUGACACCGUUUGAAAUUUCACGUGGUUUCUGUCAAAAAAAUAAACAAUGCAGAUUCAUAGAUCUGGCCCUUUAAAACAACAAAACAAAUCACAUAAGCAUGGAAAACAUAAGAGUAAAGGGCAAAGAGAAGAAGGAGGUAGAGUGAAUGCAAAAGUUUUGUCCAAGAAAGCAUUGACAGUGAAGAGGAAAAAUGACAGAAAACAUCAGGCUGUGCAGCUGAGAAAGAGGAAGAGAGAAGAGGCAGUUGCCAAGAAACGUAGUGUCGGUGUCUCGGGAACUCCACCACAUUGUGUUUUGGUUGUUCCUCUUCAUGGAGAAGUGUCAGCAUCUUCUGUUGUGGAGAAAAUUUCAUCUUGUGAUGAUACACUUACUGCAACCAAAACAGAGUCUGGAAUUACACAUGUCAGUGUACCGAGGUUCAAGCAGCGUGUGGAGUUCGUAACAGUGAAACAUGGAGAUUUAUACAGUACUCUUGAUGGGGCAAAGGGAGCUGACUCUGUCAUGUUUGUGAUGUCAUCAGAGGCAGGUCUGGACAGUUACGGAGAGAGUUGUCUUUCCUGCCUGAUGGGACAGGGUAUGCCGAGUGUUACACUCAUCAUACAGGGUCUGAAAGAUUUACCACUGAAGAGGCAGAAGGAAGUCAGAAAGUUCUUGCAAAAAACUGUAGAAAAAUGGUUUCCCAAUGAUAAGUUACACACGGUAGACACAGAGCAAGACUGUUUAUUGGUGUUACGUCACGUUACAUCUCAGAAGUUAAGAGACAUUCAUUACAGAGAGAACAGACCUCAUUUGUUAGCAGAAGAUGUUCACUUUGAAUUGAGUAAUGACUCAGAAACACAUGGCACUCUAAAGUUGACUGGUUAUAUACGAAGUCAGGCAAUGUCUGUUAACAGACUGGUUCACAUCAGUGGACUGGGAGAUUUCCAGUUAGCACAGAUAGAUGUGCUAAAUGAUCCACACCCACUGCAGCCUAGAUCAGACAGACAUAAACAGAAAACUGAUACCGCGCAGGAUAGUGAGAUGAAAGAAGACCCAAUGAAUGUGGAGGCUGUGUCAGUACUGCGUCCAGAUAGCAGUAAACAAGAGAGCCUCGAUAGUGAGGUAGUACCGGACCCGAUGGAAGGAGAACAAACAUGGCCGACAGAGGAGGAACUUGCAGAAGCAGAAGGGAACCAUCAGAAAGUGACACGCCGGGUACCAAAAGGAACAUCAGAUUACCAAGCAUUCUGGAUUUUAGAUGAUGAAGAAGACAAUGAUGAGAAGCUUGAUGAGGAAGAUGAUAAUGAUGAUGAUUUUGAAGAUGAUACUGAGAUGGCAGCCAUGGAUGACCAAGAUGAUGAUGAUAAUGAUGAAGAUGUUGACAGUGUGGAGUUGUCAGAAAGUGAGGAAGAAUAUGAAGAUUUGACAGUAGAAGAAGAUAAAGAUGUGAAGUAUGAUCAACAGAUGGACAUGGCUGAGGAACAGUCUGUUUUCGCCAAACUGAAACAAGAGAGACAACAUGUUAUGUUUCCGGAUGAAAUAGACACGCCACAAGAUCUUCCAGCUCGCACAAGAUUUCAGAAAUAUCGUGGUUUGAAAAGCUUCCGUACAUCACCCUGGGAUGCCAAAGAGAACCUUCCAUUUGACUAUGCAAAAAUUUUCCAGUUUAAUAACUUCAAAAGAAUGACAAGGAAAAUCUUGUACAAUGCUGUAGAUGAAGAGGAGUUAGAUAGCAGUGUUCUGGCAUGGACAUAUGUGAGACUGCACAUUGCAAAUGUUCCAAAAUUUUUUAUAGACAGCCACCAGACAGAUACCCCAGUUGUUGUUUUUGGUUUGCUGCCACAUGAACAGAAGAUGUCUGUGAUAAAUAUAGUCCUCCACAAGUCACAUGACGUAGGUCGUCCAAUCAAAUCUAAGGAUAAACUUAUUUUUCACAUUGGUUGCAGGAGAUUUACAGCCAAUCCUAUUUUCUCUCAACACACAAAUGGCAAUAAACACAAGUGUGAGAGGUUUUUGCCCCAGGACAGUGCUGCUGUGGCGACAAUUUUUGCUCCAAUCUCAUUCCCUCCUGCUCCAGUUCUCGUGUUCGAGGACAGACCAUUUGGUGAGAUAGAGUUAGUUGCUAAAGGUUCUUUGUUAUCAGUGGAUCCAGACAGAAUCAUUGUCAAACGUGCUGUGCUCAGUGGGCAUCCACUUAAGAUACACAAAAAGUCAUGUGUUGUGAGAUACAUGUUUUUCAAUAGAGAGGAUAUUAAUUGGUUUAAACCUGUGGAGUUACGCACCAAGUGGGGUAGAAGAGGACACAUAAAAGAACCACUUGGUACCCAUGGACACAUGAAAUGUGUGUUUGAUGGACAGUUGAAAUCUCAGGACACUAUUCUGAUGAAUCUUUACAAAAGAGUGUUUCCAAAAUGGACCUAUAAUCCAACAGUAAGCAGACCAACUAGUAUAGCAAGAUCUACAAACUUUGUUUCCAUGGAAACCAUAGAAGAGGAGGACGAGGAGAAAGAGGGAGCAGCUUUUGCUAUGUUUGAUUGAAAACCUGGGACCAGUCUGAAAACUACAGCAUCUGAUUGGCUGAUUCGGUGCAUUUUCAUCUCACUGACCAAUGACAAGUUGCAUUCAAAGACUGGUCUCCAAACUCAAGAUUUAUAACCUAGGAUUUUACCUUGCUUAAAGAAAUGGUUUUGUUAAAAAAAUAAAAUUUAAAAGAACAA